GGUGGCUCCGCGUGCGCGACGGAAGCGGAAGGGAGCGUGCGGGCAGCGGGCUGAGAAGAUUUUCCUUGAACCAAUUAUGACAAAAUGUUUAGAAAAGGGAAAAAGCGACACAGCAGCAGCAGCUCACAAAGCAGUGAAAUCAGUACUAAAAGCAAGUCUGUAGACUCCAGUCUUGGAGGACUUUCCAGGUCUAGUACUGUGGCUAGUCUAGAUACAGACUCCACGAAAAGUUCAGGACAAAGCAAUAGUAAUUCUGAUACGUGUGCAGAAUUCAGAGUUAAAUAUGUUGGUGCCAUUGAAAAACUGAAGUAUAAUGAGAGCAAAAACCUUGAAGGGCCAUUGGACUUGAUAAAUUACAUAGAUGUUGCACAGCAAGAUGGAAAGUUACCUUUUGUUCCAGGUGAAGAGGAGUUUAUUAUGGGAGUUUCCAAAUACGGCAUUAAAGUUUCAACAUCUGAUCAGUAUGAUGUGUUACAUAGGCAUGCUCUCUAUUUAAUUGUACGGAUGGUCUGCUAUGAUGAUGGUCUGGGAGCAGGAAGAAGUUUACUGGCUUUGAAGACAACAGAUGCAGCCUCUGAAGAAUGCAGCCUCUGGGUAUAUCAGUGCAAUAGUUUGGAACAAGCACAAGCUAUUUGCAAAGUGUUAUCUACAGCCUUUGAUUCAGUUUUAAUGUCAGAGAAGUCCUGAUUUUCCUUCAGCAGCAUGUGGUGAUAUAGUACAAGCGGCCUUUGUGUAUGAGGAGGGAAUGGGGCUCCUUUGUGACACCACGGACUGGCUGUGUAGCUACCCACAAACCUAGGAAAGACUGGCUGGACAAAGAGGAGCCACGCGGCCUUGCACAUGGUACUUUGUCAUUCCCCAAACAUGACUUGAAGAAAUUAUUCCAUCUUCAGUUUCCAGGACAAUACAGAAUUUUAUAUUUAACAUGAUUUUUUUUUUUCCUAAAUCGUGUUUUCUAUGUUAAUGUCAAUAUUGUAGAAAUGUAAAAUAAAACUGACACUUCCUUCUAUCUUCGUCUGAAAAACAA